AUGAUUAUUCCGCUCCACUCCGACUACUACGCCAAGCUGCUCCAAAAUUUGACGCGUCGGGUGUCUCAAUUAUUCCUUGGAUCACGAGUUGCCCCCGUGACCAGCGUCCGGAUCUCGAAUCGGGAAGAGAUCUAUCGAAUCUCGGGAAGGUCGGGCUUUACUUCGGUGGGAUCGUUGGAUCCGGAGCAGUUGAUUUCGAAUUAUGAUGACCACGUAACAACACGAUGGGACGGUGUGCCGUUAACUUCACAAUCAGCCUUGUUAGAUGCAGACGAUGGCGCUACUGUGAUUACCGACACGAUAAAGGACGACACCGAAGACAAGGAGCCAAAAAGCUGCCCACAACAGUGUAUAAAGUACAUCAAAAUCCUCACUCCUCACGUGAUCUUGGUCGCCGUGCUCAUCGGGUAUUUGUGUCUGGGCGCGUGGAUAUUGAUGCUGCUCGAGACGAGGACCGAACUGAUGGCCCGGAGUAAAAAGCUUGUUCGGUUAACGAACAUGAUGACCAACUUUACCGCCACGUCUUGGGAUAUCGUUAGCAAUGCGCAGGACGGGGUGAAGCGGAUAGGGCAUGAGGAGUGGAGCAGCUUAUUUCGAGAAUGGAUGAUGUCCGUCUCGGAGGUAGUCGACGAUCGAAGGCCAAUUCGAAGAGAAAUGAAUCGGCCUACCGAUCUGACAAACCUUCACAACAGGUGGACCUUUCCAACGGCGCUGCUCUACGUGUUGACCGUGUUGACGACUUGCGGUUACGGUGAAGUAUCCGUCGACACCGACGUCGGCAAGGUGUUUGCCGUUGUUUUCGCCCUUGUCGGCAUCCCCCUGAUGUUCAUCACCGCUGCCGACAUUGGAAAGUUCUUGUCCGAGACGCUGCUCAAAUUUGUGGCCAACUGGAACAAAAUGACGAAAAAGAUCAAGCAAUUCCUCUGCCGGAAUCGAUACUCUCGGCGGAAGUCGGUGCACUCAUCAAAUGGGAACACCGACACGAUGGAGAUAUUGGGGAUGGAUGGGACCGAGGAUAAGCUGUGGUUUCCGAUCGGUGCCUACGUCGCUUGUAUCUGCCUGUACUGCUCAAUGGGCUCUGCCAUGUUUAUCAAUUGGGAGAGGAAUUGGUCUUUCAUCCACGCCUUCCAUUUUGGCUUCAAUUUGAUUGUGACGGUCGGGUUGGGGGAUAUCGUCGUCGUCGACUACAUAUUCUUAUCGCUAAUCGUCGCGUUUGUGAUAGUCGGUCUAUCCGUCGUGACGAUGUGCGUCGAUUUGGCUUCAACCCAUCUAAAAGCCUAUUUCACUCGAAUCCACUAUUUUGGUCGUGCCAAGCGAUUCUUAGGGAUGAGCGAAGAGCUGAAAGAAAUUGUUGCCCUACUCGGGGCGAUGAGGAGGAAAAAGGGUGGAAAGGUAACCUGGAACGACGUACGCGAAUUCCUCGACAACGAGCUCCGGGAUCGACCCUUCGAACCACAUGAGUUGUUGAUGAAACUGCGGUUUAUCGAUGAGACGAGUUCAGGAAUGUCCACCAUCCGGCACAACUCGUUCCAGUCCGACUUUUUCCGCGAGGCUGAAUAUAUCCGGCGGGUGGCCGCGUUGCGGCCCGACCAGCCCGCCUACCUU